CUCUUAUUUGCUAACAGAAAGCCCAAUGGAGCCUGCUGAAGUACCUGGUCAAAUUAGCAAAGAUAAUUUUUUAGAAGUUCCUAAUCUAUCUGAUUCUGUUUGUGAAGAUGAAGACGUUAAAGGGACCUUCAAGCUUGACUUCUCUCCUCAUCCAAGCAGGCGAGGAUCUGAGUCUUCUGAAGACAUGUACCUGGACACUCCAACUUCAAGCUCCCGGAAAGUUUCCUUUGCUGACAGCCUUGGAUUCAGUCUUGUGUCCAUUAAAGAAUUUGACUGCUGGGAUUUACCAAGUGUUUCAACUGAUUUUGACUUGAGGAAGGAUGUUUUCCACACAGAAGAAUAUGUUUUAUCUCCUUCGUUUGACUUGCCUUCUUCAAAAGAAGAUCUUAUGAAACAACUUAAAGUUCAGAAAGCGAUGCUGGAGUCAACUGAGUACCUUCCUGGGUCAACGUGCAUGAAGGGCAUUAUUCGAGUUCUGAAUAUUUCUUUUGAGAAGUUAGUGUAUGUGCGAAUGUCCUUAGAUGACUGGCAUACCCAUUAUGACAUUUUAGCAGAAUAUGUUCCUAAUUCAUGCGAUGGUGAAACUGACCAGUUCUCUUUUAAGAUUUCAUUGGUUCCUCCUUAUCAAAAAGAUGGCAGUAAAGUUGAGUUUUGUAUACGUUAUGAAACCUCUGUUGGUACAUUUUGGUCAAAUAAUAACGGCACAAAUUAUAUAUUGAUUUGUCAAAAGAAAAAACAAGAGGCAGAGCCUGUAAAGCCAUUGGAAGAAGCUUCUAGUAAACAAAUAAAAGGCUGUUUAAAGGUAAAAUCAAGGAGCAAAGAAGAAUCAUUAGUAACAUCAGAGGACAAUAACUUUGAGAAUUUAAAGAUCACAGAUACCUACAUCCCAACUAUCAUUUGCUCUGAUGAGGAAAAGCAUGACUUGGGAGCCAGUAAUCAAAAUGUAAAGGAUAUAAACAGGGAAUACCAGGAACACAAUGAAGAAGAAUUAGACUUAAUGAUAAAUCAACGCUUAAUAACUGGAUGUGCUGCUUCCCAAGAUGAAAAGCCUACAUUUUCAACAGAUCCAGUCAAUUUCACAAAUAAAGCUGAGGCGUCAGAGAAGAAGCAAUGCCAUGAUGAAACACACACUGACUUAUUCAAAGGGCCUUUGUUUCUAAGUUCAUCAGCAGAAAGCUCCCUAAAGAAAGAUUUCUCUCACAGUGAAAAAUAUUCCUCAGGAAAUGACUGUAGUCCUCCACCUUCAGAGGAAAUUAUUUCAGAUGUGGGAGAAAUCAGGCCGUCAUUGGGAGAUACCAGCAGUGAUGAAUUAGUGCAAUCGCACAUCAGCACCAAGGAAUUCCUGGAUGAUAACGCUAAUCCAGCCCACUGGAGUGGCAGAGUGCAAAUAUCUUGCUUCUCCUCUGAUCAACUAACGGUAGGUAACCUGAAUAAGAAUCAUGAAGAAGGAGCUAAGAAAAUUGGAAUAAAAGACUGGGGGUGUUCAAGGAGAGAGUGCUGUUCAGCUGUGGCCACAUAUCUGGAAGAAUCAAAUGGAUCUUCAAAGGGUGAUUAUGGCAAGGGCAAAGAUGUGAAGCAGAGAACUUGCCUGGGUGUUAACGAGAAACAAAGCAGAAGUUUCCACUCAAUCUUAUACACCCAAGAAAAACAAAUGGACCUCCCAAGAAUAAACCCGGAAGGAGCAGUAGUUAACCAAGAUUUAACUAUUCUGCCGAGCAAAGGCACCACAUCUCCCUCCUGGGCAGCAGCAACAGAUCCUUCAACAAAGACAAAGAUGAACUGCAGAGAAGCUGUAUUCUCCCCACACAGACAUCUCUCAACUGGUGAGAGUACUUUAGAACCAGUAGCUACUUGCGAUGGUUCGCCAAGAAAUGGAAAUGUUUUGAUGAAUGAUUAUCUUUUUCAUGUUGAAAAGGAAAAAUCUGAUGCCAGUAAUCCUGAAGAUCUGAAUAAGAACACAAAGCAUAAAAAAAAUUGGAAGGUUCUAGAAAGUCAACGAGAAGCAAGAGAGAGUAAAACAAAUAUAACUGAGCAGACCAAAGAACAGGCGGAUUGUAAAGACAUGUGGGAAAAAAGAGCUAGCAUGAGGAGUUUGAAAGCUACUCCUACAGAGCCAUUGUUUACCUGCCAAGAGACAGAGUGCUGUGAGCUGUCUCCUCUAGCUGAUCAUGGUAUCACCGAGAAAGCAGAAGCGCUCACAGCUUAUAUAAUUAAGACAACAUUAGGAAGUACUCCAGAAAGCAUGUCUGCUAGAGGAAGAGCAAUAAUUGCUAAGCUACCUCAAGAGACAGCGCGAAGUGACAGGCCUAUGGAGGUAAAAGAAACAGCGUUUGAUCCACAUAAAGGGAGAAACGAUGAUUCGCAUUAUACCCUUUGUCAUCGAGAUACAGCCGGUGUAAUCCAUGACAAUGAUUUUGAAAAGGAGUCACAUUUAGAUAUUUGUAAUGUACAUGUGGAUGAAAUGGAGAAGGAGGAAACUGUGUCUACGUACAAUCCUAGGAAGAUAUAUGACAGGGAGAAACUUGGAGCUGGAAUAGAACAACCUUCACAGGUCAUUACAGGCACUCAAACAGCAAUGUCAAAAAUGGAUUUACAUUUGAGAAUGUUAUCAACAGACAAAAACAUACUCCCAGAAAAUAAAGAUCUUGGGCCCCUCCAAGAAUUAUCAAACAAAAGAGACUUAGAUGCCCUUCAGUAUGCAUUUAACUCAGACACUGCCAGAGCCCCUUGGAGCAGCUCUGCUGCUUCCAGUCACCACACUGAAACUUCAGUACCUGCUUCUGAAGAGAAAACACUUACUACCAAAGCACUCCAGUCUAUUCCUACCAACUCAGACUACAACUGCAAUCCAAUUAGUGGAACUCAGGGUUAUGCUGCGUCUAAGCUUGAAGGUGUUUCUGAAAGUUCAGAAAUAAUGGAAGCAGAUAAUCGAAGAGAAAGACAUGUGGGUCAGAUUUUCCAAAGAAGAGAAGGUAAUGUGGAAAAAUCCCAAGAGCCGAUGAUUUUAGCCAGUGAAUCUCUUGAUAACCUGGAUGAGGCAAGGCAUGAAAAUGAAGGAUUAGAAAACUCUGGACAGUCACAAUGUUCUUCCAGUGACAAAGGAUCUGAGAGCUCUGCUUCUGCAAGUCUCCCUACCCAAGAAAGUCAAGCUCGAAGCAGGGAGUCUCUGUUCUCAAAAUACAUCAACUCUAAAAUAUCUUAUUUCCUUUUGUUUCUGAUAUUUCUUGUAACCAUCUACUACUAUGACUUAAUGAUGGGCUUGGCCUUCUACCUUUUUUCCUUAUAUUGGUUAUACUGGGAAGGGGGGAGGCAAAGAGAGUCUGUCAAAAAGAAGUGA